AUGGGGCCACGGGGAGGGGCCAGGAGCCCGGGCAGGCCUCCAUUUACGAGCAAAGCCAGGGGUGGUCUGCUAGGAGAGCCUAGCCCCCAGCCCCGCGACCACCACCUGCCCCCACUCCCAGCCCACGUGGGGCCAGCCAGCUCCCUGAGCACCCCGGGCCAACUUGUGGGGCAUCCCAGGCCUGCCCCGAGGGGGCCCGGCCAUGUUGUCCUCCCAGCAGAGAAGGGAAGCAGAACGGGGGAGGGUCCCCAGGUCCAGGGGUGGGGGGCGCCGGGGCAGGUCUGGGCUGCCAGCGGCGAGGCUCCCUUCCCUGCCCGCCAGCCUGGGCACCGGGGCCGCCAGGGGAACCUGGCCAGAAGCCAGGCAGAGCCGCCCCGGAGGAAAGAGAAAGGCGGCCCGGCCGGAAGUGCCUGUCGCCCCAAGCCACUUGCAGGCCUUGAAGACACCCCGCGCUCCGGCGCUCCGGGCCUGUGCUCACACCCGCCAGCUCUGAGCAGCGCUGCCCCACCCCCAUCCCCCACCGGGCAGACACACCGGGCCUUCAGGUCACUGGCAAGGGAGCUCUCCCGAGGAGGGGAGGUUCCCGAUAUUCUGGCUGCAACCUACGUCCCUGCCUCUCCUCUCUGCGACCCCCUGCUUGGCACCGAGAGGAAGCCCGUGCUCCCCGAGGGAGACACAGCGUCCUCGCCCACUCAGCUGCUGGUCAUGGGUGAUGCCCUGCCCAAGCCCCACGCCAGGGUCUGUUCCUGGGGUUCCCAGCAAGAGGGGCUCAUCCAAGCUGCUCAGGUCCUCUGCCUGUCCUCCCACCUCAGGGACCCCUCAGCCGUGUCUCAGCUGAGAAUCAGCACCCCCAAAACCAGCCACCACGUGGGGGAUGGGGGCCACCUGGCCCUCAUCUCACCAUCCAUCGCAGCCUCUGAGGCCCUGGAAACCGCCUGCCCUGGAGGCCUCUCUGGUCCCGCAGCCACCCAGUCACUCAGCAGGGACCAGUCCGUACCCGCCCCCCCAAGACCCAUCAGAGGUAAAACGUGGUUAGAUUCAAUCCUGCCAUCCCGGGCGCGCAUUGACACAGAUCUGCUCCGCGCACGCACACACGUGUGGCAGUCUGCGUGCCUGCCCACACAAGCCGCCAACCUGCCGGCCGGACACGCACGUGCAAGCGUGGCACACAGGUACCCAAACGCGCUCCUCACGCCCGUGCACCGGGCACGCGGGCACGGCGAGUGCGGGGAGGCGGCUGACUGCGCUCGGGCCCUGACGAGGGAGCCUAGGGCCAGCCGAGAGGCGGGGGCGGCCGGGCUGCGGGAAUGGGGCGGGCGCCGGGGCCGCGGACAAGACGGAAGGGGCGGGGGCAGCGCGCCGCCCUCCGUCGCCGCCGCCGCCACCGCAGCCCCGCGCCCGCCGCCCCGGCCGGAGCUGGAGGCGUCCCCGGGGGGCGGACUCGCCCCCAGGACCCGCUCCGGAGGCGGGCCCGGGCCAGGUGGGCCGGCCAGGGGGCGAGAAUGCCGAGGGAGGUUGCCCGCGCCCUGCGGCUCGUCCGGACCCGCCGAGGCCGCCUCCUGCCCGGCCCCGAGGCCGCGCGUCCGCAGGCGCUCAGCUGCCUCCGGACCCGGCCGGCCGGGACGCUGCGGGCCCAGCACGCUGCGGGCCCAGCGCAUCGGAUGUCCGGGAGAGCGCCGAGGGCCUGGGCCGGAAGGGCCCCCAGAGCCUCCCCCUCGCCCCCAUUUCACGGACGCGGCCACCGAGGCCGGAGAGGGGCCGGAGCCUGCGGGCGAGGCAGGGCCCCCCAACUUGGCUGCGUCCCCUCCCGGCCCUGGGUCUGGAGCAGAGCGACGUGAUGCCGAGGGGGGCGAAUCCCCUUUCCUGCCCCCGCGCGGGAGCGCGGCGGGGACAAGCGCCCUUCCCCGGGAUCGGAGGCGGCAAACUCCGCGCUCGAGCCUCCGCGCCGCGCCCGCCGGCGGAGCCGCGCGCCGCCUUGGCGCAUUCCCGCCGGCCUCGCUCUCGGCCUCCCGCUGCCCGGGUUCCGGGACUCCCAGGCCGGCCCCCCGCCCCCCAGAUCCAGGCGCAACAAGUCUGAAAGCAGCGCCGAACAAGAGCGAGCGAGCCGGGAGGAAGGGCGCGGGGCUGAGCGCUCCGGGAUCCCGGAACGCGCGCAACGUCCGCCUCCGGGGACGCGGCGCGGGCGGCGGGCGGUCCGGGCUGAUCGGCUGGCGGCCCCCACCCCUUGAGCGGCCCUGA